CUCCGCUGUUGCUUAGCUACGACAUAUUUGGUUCGUAGUAAAGUGUUUGCGAACGUAGAAGAUCUUUAAUAUUUAGGUAAAUUUAUACUAAAUAUAAAUGGAACUUGAAACAAAAUUUCCUAUCUAAAAUGUGCCGAGAAUAAUUUCUGUUACAAGUGACAAAUUUCUGAUAACUUUACUUGGUAUUGUCAGGAAACUAAUACUAUUAUAUGAUAAAUGAAUGUCACAAUCUUGUGCCUACUUCAUCUUGACUGAUACACUACUCAGGCACGUGCAAUAUCUCUUUAUUGUUCUUUACGGAAGAUAUCAGGCAUCAAGCUCCAGAAAGAAGUUCCAUGUAACCAGAGGCGUUUAUAAUAUGGGCGUGGUGUUAAUGUCUGGAACUUUCUCCAAAGUUUAGGAAACAACUUCAGCCAUAUAUAAAAACCAGAUCUGGUUCUCCAUCAUGCUUGUAAGUAACAUCGACGAAAACCAUGACUGAAAAUGAUCCCGACAUUCGCCAACUUGCUCUAAGGCGCCAACAACGUAGGCUUCAUAAUCGAGCCACAGUUGAACAACUAAUAGAAACGGAUAACUCUUCUCUCGGGCGGAGACGAUCGAGUACCUCAGAAACUAAGGGUUUCGCAUAUGAUGGCCGAAACGGAUUCAGUAAAAGAUCUUUCUUGAGUACCAUGCCGGUUCCAAUAUUCGAGGACGACUCCAGAAUGGGGCGGUUAAACAUUCCUCCUGUAGUUAAGUGCGAGUGUAAUGGCGUGGAAACCUAUGCUUCGAUUAACACCAGCACUUCGAUUUCGACUAUAUCCAGAAAUCUGUUGGAGAAAUUAGGCGUAACAGAUCAGAUAAUACCAGACUGUGGCUCCAUCUUUAAUCCUUUGGGCUUACUUCACCCAAAAGUCAAUGGAAAAGUAAAGUACUUGGACUUAACACUUGGUAGCUGGCAGCAAGUGUCACAAUUUUAUGUAGUUGACAAUAUCAUACCAGAUAUCACUUUUGGAGUUGAUUUCCUUCGUAAAACUCAGAGUGUUGUCAACUUUGAGGAUUUUUCUCUUAAGAUCGGUGGAGAAAAGGGAGAACGACUUUCUUUUCUAAGUAAUCGUGAUGUUUUGGCGCUCACCAGAAAAUCAUCCAGUCGGAAUUCAAACCCAGAAUCAAGCCACCAGUCCAACCCUUUUUUCUAACCGAAUUCGUCCGAGAGUAUGUUUUCUAUCAUCUUAGAACAACUUAGAGCACGCAAUUUAGUGCAGAAUUAGAGCAAAAUGUUAAAAAAAAAUAAGUGUUUCACUGAGGAAUUUGUCUUGAUUGUCAGAUAUCGGUUCUUUCAUACAUGAGAACGUGCACAUUUUAUUUGCUCAACUACGUCUCUUUACUUGACAUUUGUGGCAUUUGGUACAUGUGUCCUCUUCUUGUUUCCUCGAACUUUGUCUCCAUAAUAUAUUAUUUGUAGAUCUGUAUCUAUAAGUCAACGUUACGUAAAACUUACAAGUUAUGAACUAUCAUGUAAACGCGUCUUUUUCAGUUAAAACUGAAUUAUAAUGUAAAAUAUAUCUAUGUACAGAACAACGUUUUCGCUGAACUUCUUGCGACACUUUUUUAUUUAUUAACUGCAAUAAAGAAUAUUGUUUAAAUGCCU